UAAGCGAAUGUCGUCGGUCUUCUGAGAUGACUUCUAGAAUGUGGGCAUGUCUCAGAUCUGUCACCUCACUGAAGCGUCUUACCAUCUCAAAGUCAUCUUUCAGUAUCCCUUCAUCAUCUCCUGAGUUACCAUCGGUCACAAACCUAUCAGAUGUAAGAGUGACGUCAAACAGCUAUGAAGGUCUGAUCUCAUUGCUCCCUGGUGUGGAAAAUAUCGAUAUCACCAUAGAUGAUGCAGAGGGAGACAUGGCCCAUAUCACUGCUGGUCUUCGUCGGACAGGAGGGCAGAAACUCAAACACAUACAUCUUUAUGGUCCAUCAUCACUUUCACCAGGGAGCCAUGUAUCGGAAGAGACAAUGCGAGGACUGGGUCUGAUCAUCAAAGAGCAUACACAGAACCUGCUGGAGCUCCAUCUGCAAUCGGUGAAGUGUAGAGACGAGGAUGACUUAGUUUACCUAAUGGAGUGCUGCAGACACGUGAAGACGCUGCAAUAUGUUUUGCUCUCUAAAUGUGGGACGACGAAUAAUGGCAGGCUGCAUUCAUACCUCGGGGACCAAAACCGUGGAUCUUCCGACGGUUUCUAUGUGCGUUUUGAACAUGUAAGAUAUACUGCACUGCUUUUACGCUUUGUAAUUUCAAUGUCACAUUGAUGCAUACCAGCACUUGAAUUUAGGGUUAAAAAAUACGAAUAACAUGUUAGUCUAUAGCAAGAUUGUUUAUCAUUCAUAUUGAAAGCAAACAUAAAUGUGAAAUAAAAAAUAUAAUAAGCCUGUAUUGUAUUUUUUUAAAUUUUACAAUACAAUAUAGAAGAUGGAUCACAAUUCGUUCGUUUUUUAUAGUAAAUCAUUUUUGCUUUGGUUCAAAGAAACAAAACAAUAUUAUUCGCUUUGAACUUCAAUAUAAAUGAGUUUUCCAACAGCUUUUGUGAUAUUGAAUAAUAUGACAACAUCGAACUGCAGCAAACGUUUUAAUCGAUUUGGGCGAAAAUAAACAGCGAGUGCUAUGGACGGGGAAAGAGAGGACGUUGUUGAAUUUCUAGUGUGUAUUUUGUAUUUAUCUAAAGUGCACAAAAGGGAAAUAUAAGGGGGGGGGGGAAGGGAGACAGAGAGCAGGAAAAAUUUGAGAGUAUAGAUUGGGCUUCCUCUGAGUAAUACUCAUGAAUUUCCCUGGUUCCUCCUUUUUUCUAUUUACAAGUUUAUCAUAAUUUACUGUAAGAUAAAUAUUUCUUUUAGAAUAUUUGCCCUUUAACCGAUCCCAUACUGUCUGCUUUGAAAAUAAUUGCUUUUCAAAACAAGGUGCCCAGGAAUAUAAUAUACUAAUAAACAUGUAUAUAAGCUCUAUGAAAUGCAUCACAGCGAAACAAAAACAGAGUAGUCACAGUGUCAUAGGAAUAUGCUCUAUGCAUAUUAGGUAAUAAAGAAACAGAAUGGACCCAAAAAUGAAAGUGACAAACUGUUAAAAAUAGCAGGACAAGCGUUAUGCUUUUUCACCUCUUACAAUCUGGGUGAUUUGUUAAAAAUAGCUUCUGUUGUCGGGCUUCCAACAUAGGAAAAAGGCAGAAAAAAAAAUCAAUUAUGACGUCAUCGUUUUGAGUCCGGUAACGUCACGGUUCAUUUUUUUUCUCCUUUUCCAUUACCGCAUUUCAAUUUUUUAAUUUUUAUCACAUGGCGAUACCAUAAAUAUAUUUUCUGAGAGUUUGCAUUGAUGCACACUACAUUUUCUCGCAUAUUUGGUGCAGCUUUCCUAUUCUAUCUGCAUUCGGAUUAUAUAAACCGACUUUUCCUGACAUAGCAGUUUAGUCCCAAUCAGAGCCCCAAACCAAGCAAUCCCCCCCCCAC